AUGAUUUCAUCGGACGAGUUACUACCACCGCCCUACGUCGUGAUGGUUCACCAGGUCAACACCAAGGAAGGAUCAACCAAGGAAGGAUCAACCAAGGAAGGACCAACCAAGGAAGGACCAACCCAACUAUCCCUACUUGAUCUUCCUGCGGAAGCCAGACUACAGAUAUACAACUGCUUCACCCCGGUCCCUCCCCGCGAUUUUGACGAACUUGACGAAGCGGCCGACACAGCGCGUCAACUCCUUGUUGAAGCCCGCAAGAAUCUUACACUGGUCUGUCGCCAGAUCACCGAAGAGUGGACUCCAAUGUUCUACCGCUCCACAACCUUUGUCGUCAACCACUUGAAGCCUAGGCACAUAUCUGUCAACUUGAAAGAGUGCCGUGCGACGCCGCAAGCGUUCGCUGAUAUGUUUUUGAAGAAUCUGGAUACCUAUAAGCUGCGCAACAUUGUCCGAUUGGCGUACGACACUUCUCCAUUUACUUUGAGUUCUCCCGCCAUCACAAGCCUAGGAGAGAUUCUGGAUCGGUACAAAGACUCGAUGAUCGAGGGGAACGUCCGAGGCGCUCUUCUGGUGGUCCAUGGCUCAUAA